GGGAGGGGACCCACUGCCGAUUCAAGAAAUCCGCGCGAACCUCCGAAAGUUUGUGCGUAUGCCGUGUGUUGCUCCUCCUUUCGCAUGGCAUCGCUCGGACGUGUGCAUUUUCUCUCGGCAUGGAUCAUUGAGGAGCAUCCUGGAUCGCCCUGCGAAACAACAUGCGAUGGCAGGGGCUGGCGGUUGGUGUGCAGGGGUCUGCGCUCGUGCUUGCCGCUGGCCCCGCAGGUCGCGAACAGCCAGGGGCUGCCCAUCUCCCCCGACCCGGCGCCCUCCUGGCUGACGAAGGCCGACGACCUGGUCGUGGACCUGCCAAAGAGCACCACCGGCGGCAGGAAGAUGCUCCUGGCCCAGACGGUGCUGAUGAACAAGAACAACGUCUGGGGGGACGCCUCUGCCGGCGACAGGGUCACCCGCCCGCGGUGGCUGCGGGCGUGCUUGGCGUCGAACAGGGUCCACACGGCCACCCACGGGCACGCCCACAUCCUGCGCACGCGGGAGACGCUGGAGAUCCCCCAGCGCGAGCAGGCGAAGUGUGCGAAGAAGAGCGACGAGGCUUAA